AGGCUCAUUUCCUCCUACAGUGACGACAGUGGAAGACGCAUUUGGUCCUGUAUCGCGCGAGGGCUCGACAAUUUUACACACUACUCGCGGUUUGAUAGUUUGUUGUCGUCGUCGUCGUUGUCGUCGCCGUCGCGCGUCUGGAGAAAGUUUGCGUGCGAAAAGGAAAUUAGGUCACCAGACAUAGUAAUAAACCCCAUCCGGGUGAAGAUAGUGCAUCGUGUGGUGUAGUUUACACGACCGCCGCGCCUGUAGACAGCCUUGAACUUGAACUUUAUUCACAGCAAGGGUAAUCUAGUCUAGACGGCCGUUCAAGAUGAAGAUCGACGGAAAGAUAAGCUCCAGUCAGAUGGAACAGAACUGGACCCGAUACAUGGUGAUGACCGAUGUGAAGUCACUUCGGAAGCCAGUGGAGUUCCAGGAAGAGAACGAAGUGCAAGUCAGUGUCCCAACGAAUAAAACUCUUCAAAAGCACUUUACCACCGUAACUCCGGUCGAGAAGGGUCUCCAAUGUACGCCUUUUAUCCUGAAUACCCCGGUUUGGACGGAGCACAACAGUCUGGUGCAUACGGGAACAACCCACUACGAGGGAGGGUGGCCAAAGGAUAUCGAUACCCACGAUGAGGAAGUGACGGCCAGGUAUAGGCGCAAGCAGGAGAAAAGCGAAGCAUAUCUGCACCAGAUGAAGGGGCUGACCAAGACUAUGGAACAUGCCAUUCUUCAGAACAGCGCUUGUGAUAUCUACCAAAACUACUUCGAGGACAUCGAGCAGCACGAGCUGAUUGAACAGUUUAGCUCAAAGACCGUCCACGUGUACAAGGACAACCUGGAUGUGAAACGCUCGUGCAGCUACAUUUGCUGGUCAGAAGAGGGAAUGCAUUUCGCUUCCAUCCACUGCAACAUCGGAGAAAUGAACAACACUGUUACGGAUUCGUACAUCUGGGAUAUUGAGAAUCCCAAUGUACCGCUGCAAACUCUCGUACCUCCGUAUCAAGCACGUUGCUUGGAAUACAACUUCAAAGAUGGCUGCCAACUGGCCGGCGGUUUGUUCUCGGGUCAAAUAGCAAUCUGGGACAUUAGGGUAGCAAACGAACCGGUGGAAAUAACUCUACGGGAAGCGAGUCACAAGGACGUUGUCACAAAGGUGCUAUGGACAGGAACGAAGACAUCCAACGAAUUUCUGUCCGGAUCGACUGACGGUCGGAUUCUUUGGUGGGACAUGCGAAAUUUGAACGAACCGUACGAUUUCCUGAAUCUGGCGCCAAAGGAUACACAGAAUGUGGACCCCAAGCGAUGCUUUGGCGUUUGUGCGGUGGAAUUCGAACAAACUAUGCCAAAUAAGUACACCGUUGGAACGGAAAACGGCUUGAUCUACAGCUGCAGUCGAAAGUACAAGACUCCGGCCGAUAAGAUCCAGGCCCUGACGAUAGCUCACACAGGACCGGUGUACUCGGUGGAGCGGAAUCCGCUGUUUAUCAAAAAUUACAUAAGCGUUGGCGAUUGGCAGACGAAAAUAUGGACGGAAGAUUGUCGCGACAAUCCGAUCGUAUGGACGAAGGAAUACGCGGUCCAGCUGACCUGUGGAGUGUGGAGUCCCACGCGUUGCUCGUUGGUAUUUAUCUGCCGAAUGGACGGAGUAAUGGAUGCGUGGGAUGUUAUUCAUCGUCUUGAUGGGCCGGUUCUUCGCAUUAAGCUCUCCGAUGUGCCGCUUCUGGCGCUGCGUGUUCACAAGAGCGGAAAACUGAUCGCCAACGGAACCGAGGGAGGUGCAAUUUACCUAACAGAGAUAUCCGACAACCUUACGUUCAGUUCGGCCAACGAUAAACCAGCCUUGUCCGGCAUGCUUGAGCGAGAGAUGCGACGCCAACGUUUGCUCGAGGCCAAGAUCAAGGAAAUGAAGCUGAAGGAAAAAGAGCUGGAACGGGAACGAAUUCGCCGGCAGAUGCGUAUGGAGAAAGAAAACUCCAUAGAGGAUGAAGAACAGGACCUCAUACUGGAAGCGCAACAUCAGUUCUGGACGAAGAUUCACGGCCGCAAGAGUUUGAAGAACACGCUGAAGGGCAUUCGAAUGCGAGACGCCGGAGUGAACUUGCUGAAACCCGGAAAGAAGCCCAUGUUGAAGAAGGACAACAAGGAAUAAGUGGAUUUUACUGCUAUCUAGCGUUUUUGGAAAUACUUUUUAGAAGUGUUGUUGAACAAAAUUUUUAAUGUUGAUGUUUCAAAUAGUUUAACUUUAACAAUAAUGUGAUAUAUCCGUAAUAAAUACAGGAAUCUACAAUGAUUAAACGAAUUUAUUAAAGUUUAUUUCGUAUAAAACAACAUUUUAAAAUGUUAGAGAUAAUUACGAAAGACCAAUAAAUACUAAAUUGUAGUGAGUUUGCUAUAUAAAUAUUCAA